CACCUACACCUUUUAAGACAGUGACAGUGCAGACUGACCUCAGCUGUUUGGUUGAUAGCGUCUCCAAGGGCCGGGGAGACCAGACUUAUCCCAUGCCUCAAGUCACUGGGAAGCUCCCUUACUUAGGCCCUAGCCCAAAUCUUUCCCUUUCCAGGGAGGUAGGAUUCGCAGCACCUCACGCCCACGGGUUUGGGGGAGGGCUGAGCUCUUGCAAGCCUGGGGGCUCUCACUCCCGGUGACCCGCAGCCAGAGCCGUGGAGACAGCCGGCCCCGAGGGGCAGGCCCCGGCAGCCACCGAGGCACUGUGUUGGGAAGGUUAUUGCAGCUGUCAGAGCGCGUCCUCCUCUCCCUGGGAGCGCCAGUGUCCCUGCGGGGAGGCAGCGCCCGGUCUCCACCGGGACUGGCAAGCUGAGGGUGGGGGGCGGCCUGUAGAGCACGGUUGGCUCCGGAGCCAGGAGCCCUGGCAGGCGCCAUACUAGAAAUUAAAAUGGCUGCCCCGAGGAACGGAGCUCAGCUCGGGCCGUGAGGGGCUGCGCCUCCAGUCGCCUCACCUACAAGGGACGUCACCUCGCCGGACACACCUCGGACAGAAAUACAGUUCCCGCUUACCUGCUUCCUGUAACAAAGAGACUAUUUCUGAGCCGAACAGAAAAAUGAUAAAGUUUUUUCUCAUGGUGAACAAACAAGGUCAAACGAGACUCUCCAGGUAUUAUGAACAUGUGGAAAUUCAUAAACGGACAAUGCUGGAAGCUGAAGUAAUCAAAAAUUGCCUUUCCCGUUCAAGAGAGCAAUGCUCUUUCAUUGAAUAUAAGGAUUUUAAGCUAGUGUACCGACAAUAUGCAGCCCUUUUCAUAGUGGUUGGAAUCAGUGAAACAGAGAAUGAGAUGGCUGUAUAUGAACUAAUUCAUAAUUUUGUGGAGGUUUUGGACAGAUAUUUCAGCAGAGUGAGUGAAUUAGAUGUAUCCUUUCCAGUAUCACCACUAAUCCAUUUGUCAUUUUCUAUAAUGUUCAACUUGGAUAGAGUGCAUAUAAUUUUGGAUGAAAUGGUGUUAAAUGGCUGCAUCGUGGAAACCAACAAGAAUAGAAUUCUUGCACCUCUAUUUGUUCUUGACAAAAUGGCAGAAAGCUAGAAAGAAACAAGCCUACUGAGGAAUGUAUUUUACAAAGUAUUCUGAAAACCCCACGAACAUCCCUACAGCUCUGUUCUGAGACUUCCUAAGGUGAAAUCUUGCAGUAUUUUCAACUGGCUGGAACAUAUUGAAGCAAAGAAAUCUAAUGCAUAUUCCCUCUUCCUUUCUCCUCCAAUUCUAGAAAAAAAUAUGCCAUGCCAACGUAAAGGUGAAAAUUGGGAGGGGGAGGAACCAACAGGAACUUUUUCAAUGAGGCAAAUGUCAGUUGAGACAGCACUUGUCU